AUGAUGAUGGAACUCACAGACUUUUUGGAAACGCACUCGAAAAAAUAUAGAACUCCAGAUGAAGCGACCAUAGGAUCUGCUGAACCAACCCCUGCAACGACCCCAGCCGUAACUCCGGGAUUGUUAAGCAGUGAAGUGGACGUUUCAUUCAAAUCUCCACUUGCCUCCCAGUAUCCUCGGAUUUCCAAGAAACCACACACUCCCGAGGUUUAUGAGAAGAAAGUGGUCUAUCUUACGCCUUCAACCGAGUGGGGUGAGAAAAGCGAGAAGAAAUCGGCGGAAACGCCCUCAGUUCCGGUGACACCUCCGAGCAGAUCUGCUUCACCAACUCACAUAGAGACGGUCACUAGCGGUUCAAGACAAGCCACACCAAACAUAGAGCACGAUGAAUUGAAAGAAAACAAAUCUCGCGAGCUAAGAUCUUGGAAUCUAGGAAGUGCAGAAAAAGAAGGAUACUCAGAAGAUAGAGCUUUGGAACCUUGGGAGGAAGAAAAUUUGCAGCCUGCAGAGAAAGCAGAAAAAGAAGAUGAAGGUUUGCAAAGACCUUCACAAGAGAAUAUAGCAUCCAAGGAGUGA